AUGAGUUCAUCCGUUGGUUCUACUACUAUUACUAGUAGAUUCUUGGCAUUAACCAAGACCACUAAAUUUGCAUGGUUCAUCGGACAUUUUGCCGUUGUACUAUGCUCUAUAUUUUAUUGGCUUUCUCUCAGGUCUACAUCUUUGACUGAAAUAUGGUACAGAAUCAUCUUUCUUGGAGCUAUGGAGUCAUUCGGUGUUUUAGUGUACCAAACCUAUGGCAAGGCACUGAAAAAAGGCGACGUUCGAAAUGGUUCUGGGCCAGUAAAUUUCCGUCAAGUGAUCCGCGAUGAAAAUGUGCUCUACUUUUUACUCUCUGCUACUUGGUUAAUCUUGAGCCCUAGAAUCGCAAUUGCAACGAUACCGUUUUUUAUCAUUUCGUUGUUCCACGCUCUGACAUACAUCGUUACUGAUAUCGCAUCGAAUGUGCUACAAGUGGAAGAUGUCAAGAAACAUCCAUAUCUAAGAUUUAUUGACACUUUGGUAUCCGACAACCAUGAAACUUCGUUGAAUGCAAUCUGUAAUUCUGAAUUGCUAUGUUUACUAUACAAUUUCAUCAGAUUGUUAACGUUUAGAUCACGUUCUUUUAUUGCAUUCGUUGCUGUAUUCUUAUUCGUGAGAUUCAAAUGCUACAAUUCAGCUCACAUGAAAAGAUCAAUUGCUAAAUGGGAAGUACGCCUUGAUGGAGUCAUUGCUCACCCUGCUGUUCCGCAUCCAGUCAAGACCCAAUACACGAAUGCAAAAUUACUACUAAGACGCGCGUUCAUAACACCUACAGAGAAGAAGGGUAACUAG